AAAAAAGAAGAUUGGCAAUGGUUUUUAAAAUAUUUAAGUCAUUAUUAGUCAAGAACAGGACCAAAGAAUCAAGUGCUAUUUGACGGAGAAAAGAGGAACUCAAUAAGAACUUAUAAUGGUAUAAGUAUUAAUUUAGAUAAUAGAUAAUGUGAACAACAGACAAGGAUUUAAAAUAGGAUGGGACAUAGAUUAAACAAGAAAGGAAGAUUUAAAAAUAGCAGGGAAAGUUGGUUAAGAUUAGAGAAAUAAUAAUGGUAAUACUUACCAAGGAAAUCCUUAUUAAGGCUAAUAAGUAAUAAUUAACAAUAUAAAAUAGGAUGAUGAUUAUAUGAAGUAAAUGUAUUAUCAAGAGAUGAAUAAAAAGUAAGAAUAAGCUGGUAUCUAACAUAAAUAAUCAGAACAGUACUAUUAAGAUUCUCUUGACCAAUACAAUAAUGGAAAACCAUAUGGAAAUUACAAUCAUAAUAAUUAAGACAAUUAUAAUCAUGAUUAUGAACACUAAUAACCAUAAUUAUUGUAAUAAUCCAAUAAAUAUGAUCAUUAUCUAUAACCAAAUGAUGAUGAAGGUCUCUAUUAAAAAGUAUAACAGUUAUUUUUAUAAUAUAAGUAUAAAUAAGGAAAUAGUGGUAACAAAUCAUAUUCAGCAAAACCACCUAUUCCACAAUACAAUCCAAUUACUGGAGUUUCUUAUGCUAAUUAAAAUACUUUAAAUACAGAUGUUACUAAUAAUUAUCAAGGUGCUGCACAUUAAAAAACUAAUCCUUAUGAAUAAUAAUAAUAAGAUGAUGCUCUCAGUUAAUUUAGUUAAUGUAUUAGAUAUAAACAUAAACAAUAGUAUAAUAGCAUAAAAUUACAUCUAUUAAAAAUAAGAGUUCCAAUAUUUUCAAUGUAGAUCUCCAAGAAACUGAAAAUAUCAAUGAUACUCGAUAAAAUAGUAGAAUUUUGAAUAGAAAGAAGCAAUUAGAUGAUGCAUAAUAUAAAGGCUAUGGUAAGUAACUAUUGUAUCCAUAGGACAAUUUUAUAAGAACCCUAUUGAAUAAGCUCCAACUUAAUAUAGAGAAUAGAAAUUUAUAAACAGAAAUAAGAUUGAUAAUCACAUAUUUCCAAAAUGA